UCCUGAUAGUUUUAUAUUUAGGGUGGAUGUUGAUCUUCUUCAAAUAUGCUCACUACAUAUUUGAAGGCUAUCCUGUUUGAUUUUUAAUCUGAAAUCAUCCAGAUGGGAUUCUUUCCAUUUGAACUACACCUCCCCUUUCUUUUGAGAUUGAAUUUGGAAGCCCUUGAGGUGAUGAAGUAGAGUUUUGAAAUAUAAGACUUUCACUCUUUCCUCCCAGUCACUAUCAUUCAGAGUUUGAUUUCUUAAAUGUACUCUGUUUCAUAACUCUACUUCUUCAUCUCAUUUAUUCUCACUUAUCACAAAUUCACACCCCUUUCCCUCACUCCACUGAAACUAAUUUUCCAUGCCAAAGACUGCCUCUCUUCAAAAUAGUGCUAUCAUGACUAGCAAAAACCACUAUUCCUCCCCUCAGUAAGAUUUGUUUAAUGGCAUCAUCGUUCACCUGGUUGCAAUAUAAAACACACUUGGAGGCAUCCAUUUCUAUGACAUAUCUAAUCAAUAACAAGUCCUACCAGUUUUACUUUAAAGAGGUUUCUUAAAUUUGUUGCAACUUCUUCAUUCUCAUUGCUUAGUUCAAACUUUUAUUGUGCCUCUAAUCUUGAGUUCUUGACUGAUUUUUCUCCUUGUCUACAGUUUCUUUGUCCACAGUUCCUUUUCUGAUGCACAAAGCUGAUUGUCUCCUUCUUUAAAAGACAAAGAACCUUUACUUUGUCACUGUCAACGUAAAGAUGAUGAAGCAAGUUUACACAGCAUAAACAGCCAUGUUAUCUUUCUGUCUUUGUAUUAUGCUUCCUUACUUUCCAAUCUUGUUUCCUUGGGAGAGUGGAAUGGAGGAGAGUGGAAUGGGGAAGAAUAUAUAUAUUAUAUAUGAACAGGAAGGUGUAUAUAUUCACCCAUCUUUUGGAAAGACCAGUGACCAGGACAGCUUGAUUUCAGGAAUAUUACGUGUUUUAGAAAAGGAUGCUGAAGUAAUAGUGGACUGGAGACCAUUGGAUGAUGCAUUGGAUUCUUCUAGUAUUCUCUACGCUGGAAAGGACUCCAGUUCAGUUGUAGAAUGGACCCACACCCCAAAAGAAAGAGCUCAUCGUGGAUCAGAACACCUGAACAGUUAUGAAGCUGAGUGGGACAUGGUUACUACAGUUUCAUUUAAAAAGAAACCACAUACCAAUGGAGAUGCUCCAAGUCAUAGAAAUGGGAAAAGCAAAUGGUCAUUCCUGUUCAGUUUGACAGACCUGAAAUCAAUCAAGCAAAACAAAGAGGGUAUGGGCUGGUCGUAUUUGGUAUUCUGUCUAAAGGAUGACAUCGUUCUCCCUGCUCUGCACUUUCAUCAAGGAGAUAGCAAACUACUGAUUGACUCUCUUGAAAAAUAUGUGGUAUUGUGUGAGUCUCAGUUUAAUAUAACUUCUUCAGAGAGGAUUUCCUGGAUGACCCCCUCCCAUCUAAUGUCUCCACAGGAUAAAAGAACACUUCUUGUGAAUUGUCAGAAUAAGAGUCUUUCACAGUCUUUUGAAAAUCUUCUUGAUGAGCCAGCUUAUGGUUUAAUACAAGUAGGACUGCUAGACAGAAGAAAGCUGUUGUGGGCCAUUCACCACUGGAAAAAAAUUAAAAAGGAUCCUUAUACAGUAACUAUGGGAGGAUUUUCCAAAGUCACAAACUACAUUUUUGAUAGUUUGAGAGGCAGUGAUUCCUCUACUCAUCAACGACCACCUUCAGAAAUGGCAGAUUUUCUUAGUGAUGCUAUUCCAGGUCUAAAGAUAAAUCAACAAGAAGAACCAGGAUUUGAAGUCAUCACAAAAAUUGAUUUGGGAGAACGACCUAUUGUUCAAAGGAGAGAACCAGUAUCACUGGAAGAGUGGACUAAGAAUAUUGACUCUGAAGGAAGAAUUUUAAAUGUUGAUAAUAUGAAGCAGAUGAUAUUUAGAGGGGGACUUUGUCAUGCAUUGAGAAAGCAAGCAUGGAAAUUUCUUCUGGGUUAUUUUCCUUGGGACAGUACCAAGGAGGAGAGAACUCAGUUACAAAAACAAAAAAUUGAAGAAUACUUCAGGAUGAAACUACAGUGGAAAUCUGUUAGCGAAGAACAAGAGAAGAGAAAUUCGAGAUUACGAGAUUAUAGAAGUCUUAUUGAAAAAGAUGUUAACAGAACAGAUCGAACAAACAAAUUUUAUGAAGGCCAGGAUAAUCCCGGGUUGAUUUUACUUCAUGACAUUUUGAUGACCUAUUGUAUGUAUGAUUUUGAUUUAGGGUAUGUGCAAGGAAUGAGUGACUUACUUUCUCCUCUUUUAUAUGUCAUGGAAAAUGAAGUGGAUGCCUUUUGGUGCUUUGCAUCCUACAUGGAACAAAUGCAUCAAAAUUUUGAAGAACAAAUGCAAGGCAUGAAGACACAGCUAAUACAGCUAAGUACCUUACUUCGAUUGUUGGACAGUGGAUUUUGCAGUUAUUUAGAAUCUCAGGACUCUGGAUACCUUUAUUUUUGCUUCAGAUGGCUUUUAAUCAGAUUUAAAAGGGAAUUUAGUUUCCUAGAUAUUCUUCGAUUAUGGGAGGUAAUGUGGACUGAGCUUCCAUGUAGAAAUUUCCAUCUUCUUCUCUGUUGUGCUAUCCUGGAAUCAGAAAAGCAGCAAAUAAUGGAAAAACACUAUGGCUUCAAUGAAAUACUUAAGCAUAUCAAUGAAUUAUCCAUGAAAAUUGAUGUGGAACAUGUACUCUGCAAAGCAGAAGCAAUUUCUCUACAGAUGGUAAAAUGCAAGGAAUUGCCACAAGCAGUUUGUGAGAUCCUGGGGCUUCAGGAAAGUGAAGUUACAACACCAGAUUCAGACACUGGUGAAGAUGAAAAUGUUGGCAUGACCCGUCCUAUGUCUGUAUUUCAGAAUAACUCAUUGCCUGUACAUGCUGCCAUUGGAGCCAGAGAUGUCAGCACCACACAGAUAUCAGUGUCCCCAAAUGUCACCAGAUUAACACCUGCAUGAUCAUUCUUCUUGCUUAAUUUUUGAAGAGACACUUUGCUGCAACUCUUUUUUUCAAGUACUUGAAAGGCAGAAGUUUAAAAUCUUGGUAUUGAUCAUGCUUUGAGGCUUAUUGAAAGAAAGUGUACUGUGAUGUUCUUGCAUUAAAGCUUUACAAAGAUUUAAACUAAUUAUUUUUGUAGUUACUUCUACCAAAUAGCCUUUUCUUUUCAAUAACAUUCCUUAGUAUUUUUUAUAGCCAAGUACAUUUUAUUUUCUUUCCGAUGAACUAGAAUUGGAUAAUAUUACAAGUGGAUGAGUUGGAAAUUAUGCACUUUGAAAAACAUUCACUUUGUUUACUCUGUUUAGUGGAUUUUGAAUUUGAUUAAAUUAAACAUUGAACUUUUGUUUCGCUUUUUAAACUGAGAAGUAGAUUGUUACCCAGUGCCGAAAUAAAAAAGAAUUUUUCUCUGUCGUUUACAAACUCAGCUUAAAUAUUUAUGCUGGUUGAAGGUGGUUUAAAUUGGGCAUUUUCAUCAAUUCAGUUUAACAUCUACAUAAAGAACUAUUUCAACCAUAAGUGAAUUGGCAGUGUAUUUUCUACAUUGAACUUUUCUUCACUUGUAUAUACACUAUAUAUAAGUACUUAUUUAUAAAACGAGUAUAAGAAAGGAUGGGCAUAUUUUCGUUAACUGAAUAAAUUUGACUUGAUUUAUACAACCUGAUUUGACGGAAUUAAUAUAUAACUUAAAUACAAAUCUUUUUCAAAGCUAUUUUCUUAACCAAACAUUUAUUUCAUGAGAAUACAUUCAACCCUGUACCUGGUGUAGUUUUAAAAUCAAUGCUUGUAACCUCACUUUACUAAUAAUGUUUAUUAUCUUUCCUAAUAAUGCAUCGACUGAUUAAUCAAGUCUUUAAAUUUUUAUAAAAUAUUCUCUGAAAAAAGCUUAUGUCAAAAAUUUCAAGAUAUUAUAACGUCUCAAAAUUUUACUUUUUUGUAUAUGAAUGAAGCUGUUGUUUUUACCAUGCAAUGUUGCAUGAUUUUAAGUUAUGUGGAAUUAACAAUAACGAUUCUGUUUUAAUUGUAAUUUGUUCUCCUGUACAUAUCAUUAAAAUAAAUUUGAAGUUGAAGUAGUGUUUUCAGUUAAAUUACACUUGGAAAUAAUUUGCUAGUUCUUCAUCGGGGGAAGAAAAAAUCCCAAGAUAUGGACCUCA